AGUUUACAAAAGCGAUAAACAGAAGAUGCCACGUCUUUGUGGUAGAAGAAAACGUUUAGAUUGGAAAAUCCUGACAGUACUGGCACUGGUCAUUGUGACGUCAUAUUUCUACUACAGCUUCUCCAAAAUCUCCGUGGACAAUGAUGAAAUUUUACAACUCAGGAGGAAAAGAUUCGUGGACUAUCGCGCCAAGGAGGGUGCACGUGAAGGCCCCGGGGAGAAAGGGCGGGCGGUGAUUCUAGAGGGAGAGGAGAAGACGUUAGCCGAUUCUCUGUUUAAGAAAGAGGCGUUUAAUAUCAUAGCCAGUGAUAAGAUUGCUUUAGACAGAUCCGUGCCUGACGUCAGGGACUCGAGAUGUCACAGCGUGCGGUACCCCAGAGACCUCCCCACGGCCAGUGUUGUCAUCAUCUUCCAUAACGAGGCCUGGUCACCUCUCCUCCGGACAGCGCACAGCGUGGUCAACCGGUCACCUCCCGAGUAUCUACACGAGGUCAUCCUACUGGACGACUACUCCGACAGACCUGAGCUGGGCAGUAAGCUGAGGGAGUAUGUCGCUCACACCUGGCCUGACGGGAUUGUGAAAAUCAUCCGUACCACGGAGCGUAGCGGAUUGAUCCGAGCUCGUCUAGCGGGAGCCAAGGCGGCUACUGGCGACGUGCUGAUCUUCCUGGAUUCACACUGUGAAGCCGGCCCCGGAUGGCUGGAGCCGUUACUGGCUCGGAUCCGAGAGGACCGGUCGGCCGUCCUGUGUCCAGAGAUCGACCUGAUUGACAAGAACACGCUACAGUACGGGGGGACAGGCUCGUUCUCAGUCGGGGGAUUCUGGUGGUCACUCCACUUCUCCUGGAGACCGAUACCGAAACACGAACAGGAUCGACGGUCGUCAGCCAUAGCACCCAUUAGAUCACCCACAAUGGCGGGUGGACUGUUUGCUGCAGACAGGAAGUACUUCUUUGAGAUCGGAGCAUACGAUCCCGGAAUGGACGUUUGGGGCGGCGAAAAUCUGGAAAUCUCCUUUAGGACGUGGAUGUGUGGAGGAAAAUUAGAAUUUAUUCCAUGUUCCAGAGUGGGUCACAUCUUCAGAGCAAGUCAUCCUUAUACAUUUCCAGGGAAUAAGGACACACAUGGUAUUAACUCUAUGAGAUUGGCGGAGGUCUGGAUGGAUGAAUAUAAAAGACUGUUUUAUACUCACAGAAAAGACUUGCUGGGCCAGGAUUACGGAGAUAUUUCAGAACGUGUAGAACUCAGAAAGAGGCUGAAGUGUAAGAGCUUCAAGUGGUACCUAGACAACGUGUACCCAGAAAAAUUUAUACCAGACGAGAACGUGCACGCCUGGGGAAUGGUGAGGAAUCCGUCCAGUAACCUCUGUCUGGACACCCUACAGAAGGACGAGAAGACUGUGUUUGAUAUGGGGCUAUACAGCUGUCAGAACGGGGCCAGCGCUAAUGAGGUGUUCUCCUUGAGUAUAAAUGAUGAGCUGCGGCGAGAAGAGGCGUGUCUGAGUGUUAUAUCAGAGGGAGGUCAUGUGCCAUUAGAACCCUGCACAGGGUCAGCCAAUCAGAAAUGGAAACAUGAUAAGGACAAAAUGAUAAUAACAGGAACAUCCUCUAGUGGCGACGUUUUGUGUCUAGAUAAAAAAGACGUUAAAAACAAUGGCCUGGUGUUUACAGAAAAGUGUAACAACAAAGACUCACAGAAGUGGACGUUUGAACAUUAUCUAGAUAACGCAUAGGAUAAAUCUAGAUACUUACAGAUAAUUAUCUAGAUAAUGCAUAGGGAUAAAUCCAGAUACUUAUAGAUAAUUAUCAUUAUCUAGAUAACGCUUAGGAUAAAUCCAGAUACUUAUA